AUGGCGGUCGUAGCGCCGUCCUCCCCCGGCGCGCUUGAACCUAAAUCUGAUAAAUCGGGGGAGGAUAACCCGCCAGCGAUGUCGCAGGACCCCCCGUCUCUCCCAUCUCCGGCUGCAUCUGCUCAGUCUACGACUUCUGCGGCGGGGGAAUCCACCACCUCCGCGCCCGAAAACCCUAAUCCGGCCCCGACUGCUCCCCCUUCUAAUGCUCCUGUUGUUGCCCCCCGUCCCCCGUCUGUGCCAUCGUUCACCCCAUCCUUCCGACCCAUCGGUGCGCCGCAUGUUCCUCAGUUCACUCCCCUGGCGAACCCUAACCUCGCGAACCCCGGCUAUCAGGUUCCUGGCCUCCAGCCGCCGGGCGUUGCCGCUCCCGUGCACAUGGUUCACGGGUCGGGGACGGGAGCGAGUGUCCCUCCGCUGCACCCGCCAGGUGUCUACCACCAUGCACCUGGUCAGAUGCAAACUGCACCCCCUGGAUCGUACAUGCACGCACCCAACGGAUACAUGACGGUUCCACAGGGUCCAUCGGGGAUCCCUCCACCUGGUGGGUUUUCCUUGCUUUGA